GUGGGGGGAACCUUUAAACGAAUAGCUCAGUGAUAUUAGAUUUUGAAAUUACAAUGAACAAAGUGAUUCUUUUACAAAUUGAAAUUAUUACAUAUACUCAUAUAUAAAUAUUUGUUUCGAUGAGGCUGCUUCAUUAUGAGAACUAGGAAAUUAGGACUAUUUUGCAUCCGUGCUUUCACUUUGAGUUUACUGAUUCGCUUGAGUCUAAUUUUUUUGGGUUCCAACUCCUGUCACCUGUCACCACCGUCACUUAUGUGUCAUUUUAACAAAUGUUUUAUGGUGUAGAUGUUUGGUAUUUCUACUUCUACAACAAAUCCAACAAAUAACAAAAAAAUUUGAAACCGUCUGUCAUGCUUUUCUGAAGUAUUUUGAUAGUUAUUAAUAUAUUGCAUGAUUUCAAACAGUACAGCAAAUCAAGAAAUGGUAGCAGAGGCUACAGUGCCACAGUGCAACUUUAAAAUUGGCAGCAGAGUAGAGUGCUGUAGUUAUAUAGGCACUGUCAAAUAUAUAGGGCCUGUGGAGGGUCACCAGGGUACUUGGCUCGGUAUUGACUGGGAUGACUCAACACGAGGCAAACACAAUGGUACUGUAAAUGGAGUUGAAUACUUCCACACUUGGCACCCCAAAUCAGGAUCAUUUGUUAGAAAAGAAAAAGUAACUUUUGGACAGUCGCUCAUCCAAGCUAUUAAAAGCCGAUAUGGAUGUGUAGAAGAUGAUACAACAGCAAAGUUAAAUGAACAAACCAUGCUUAAGUUUCAGCAGGAUAUUAAUGCACCUUUUCUACAGUUGGUUGGUUUUGAUAAAGUUGCUGACAAGCAAAGAGAUUUUAAUUCCUUGCAAGUUGUAAGUGUCCGAUCCAUGAAUGUUAAUGGUAUAGGUGAGGCUAGUAAUGAAUUGAAAAGGCUCUUUCCAAAUAUUCGUGAAAUUGACCUGUCAAGAAGUUUGUUAUCUUCAUGGACAGAUGUUUUUUCCAUUUGUGCUCAACUUGAUAGUUUGAGUUUGUUGAAUGUUAGUGAGAAUAUCCUAGAGUUGCCGCUAAAUUAUGAAAAGUACAAAUUUCCGCAAAUCAGCAUGUUGGUAUGUGGUCAGAUGCAUCUAAACUGGGCAAAUGUAAAAAAACUUGCACAAGUGUUCCCAAGUAUUAAGGAGCUUCGAGUACCAUAUAAUAAUAUCACAGAUCUAAGUACACCCAAGGAAAACAACUUCAAGGAUCUCCAAACAUUGGACUUAGAUGGAAAUGACAUCAGGUUGUGGAGUAAAGUGAACAAGCUGAAGGCAAUAAGGAAUCUAAAACAUUUAAUUGUGGAAAAUAUAAAAUUGCAAAGCAUUCAGUUUGAGGAGGAUAAUACACCUAUAGAUGACUUUCCUAAUCUUAAUAUACUUAAUAUCAAUGAAAACCAGAUCAGUGAGUGGAGAUCAAUAGCUGAACUCAAUAAAUUACGGAACUUGGAACAUCUUCGCAUUUUAAAAAAUCCAAUUUUAGAAACAGAAAAGUUUGAAACUAGGAUAGAAAUUAUCAUUGCUAAAAUAAAGAAUUUAAAGACGAUAAAUGGUAGUACAAUAAAACGAGAAGAAAGGUAUGGUGCCGAAAUAGAUUAUUUAAAGAAGUAUGCCUUAGAAUGGAUAGACGUGCAGAAUAAUCCAGAAGCAAGGUCCAAAUUUCUACUAGAGCACAAUAGAUAUUUAGAAUUAAUAGAAAGUAAGUAUGAAAUAGGAGGACCUGGUAUAUUUUUCGUUGCAUGAAAAGUCUUAUGUUUUCAAGUUGUAUGUAUGAAUGGAGUGUAUCACAAAUCGUGUGGAGAUUCAUUAAUUUCGUGACGAACAUAUUAUUUGUACUGGGUGGGCCAAUAAUAAAGCACGCCAGCUGCAUUUCGGCAACCGCUCAACCUAGACGUGUCGGUUCAAAUUUGUUAUACUAAGAGUAGCCAAGGGAAAUUGCUGGAAAUUCUCAGCUUCCUAAAAAGGCCGCUAGGUGGCGUCACUCCUAUUGAAAAAAUUCAAAGAUUAUUUUGCAAAAAUACAUAAUCAGCAUACUCAUUAAAUACGCCAUCUAGUGGCGAUUUUAGGAAGCUAAAAGUAACUUCUAGCAGUUUCUCUUGGACGCUUCUAUUAUAAUUUUUUU